AUGUUUAAACUUAAUUUUUUAAGAUUUAUUUUAUUAAUUUUAAUUUUAGCAUCAACAUUUUAUUUAUUAAUAAUUAUAAAUCAAAAUAAUAAAAUUACAAAAUUAAAAAAUCAAACUAAAGAUAUUAAAUUAUCAAUACCAUCGAUUCAAAAACAACAACCACAACAAAAAGAAAUCAUUAUUUCACAAAAUUCAUGUGAAAAUAAUCAAUACUUUUUAAAUAAUGGUGAUAUUAAAAAUCAUUAUGGUUUUAAAGAUGAAAUUUCAUUAUUAAAUUAUUUUUUAACUUAUAAAAAUUAUUAUGAUAUUGAAGAUUAUAAUAAUAAAAUCUAUAUUAAUCAAACUAAAUAUAUAUUAUUUAAAUACCCAAAACCGAAAUUAAUAAAGAAAUUUAGUAAUUUUACACCAACGAUUCAAGAAACCGAUAUUAAUAUUAACAAUUUAAUUAUUUCAGAAAAUGUAACUGAUGAAUAUAAAUUAAUAUAUAAUAAAAAAUAUCAUAAAUUAGUUUUAAAAAGAAUUCAAGCAAAUUUAUGUGAAGAAUUUUUCGAUAAUUAUUGGAGGGAUUUUUAUAAAUCUAAAUAUUCACUAGAUCAUGGUAUAGUGCCUUUUACACCACCAAGACUUUCAUUACCAUUGAAUAUUACUCGACCACUAUUAACAACUCCGAUUCUAUAUCUACACAUUCCGAAAUGUGCUGGUCAUACAUCUUAUCUUUUAUUUGAAAAUUUUUUUAAAGGAAAAGGUGUAAUACAACUAUGGUCUCACCCAAGUCCUGACAUGUAUUAUGACGUUAGUAAAGCGAGUAAUAUAAUACUUGGUCAUUACCAUUAUGGUAUUCAUAAAAUUUUACCAGAGAAAUUUAAAAACACCUAUAGCUAUAUGACAAUGUUGAGAGACCCUGUCGAUAGAGUCAUAAGUCAUUAUUAUUAUCAUAGAAAUAAUGCAUAUGAUCCAGAAUAUCUCCUAGCAAAAACAAGUACAUUUUCAGAAUGGCUUGAUAGAUCACCACGUGCCAGUAAUGAAAUGACAAGAUUUCUAUCAGGCUUAACAAAAGAUGAAGAAUUUAAACCAACAGAUGAAACUUUUCAUAUGGCAUUAUAUCAUUUAAGGUCAAUGAAAUUCGUUGGAAUUACAGAAAGAUUUAAAGAAACAAUUGCAUUAUUAAAAUUUUAUGUUGGUAUUGAAAAUCAUAGAAUAAGAGAAAAACAAAAUGCUGCUAAAAUUAAUCAUCCAGAUGUACCAUUUUAUAUAAUAGAAGCAAUUAAAAAAAGAAAUAAUUUUGAUAUAUUAUUAUAUGAAGAAGCUUUAAAAAUGUUUGAAAGACAAAUUGAUAUUGUUGGUAGAGAUAAUUUUAAUAAUCAAUUAAAUAAAAUUCUUUAA